AGAAGGGGCGUUUACGAGGAACACAUGAACGCAACGAAGUCAACGGCCUCGACCAAUCAAAAGCAAGAAGGCAUUUUAAGUUUGAAGAGACAGAUCUGCCAGGCGCAUUCUCUGCCGCGUUUGCUUUUGGCUGCCUAAUAUUGCGUCUCCUCUCGGUGUGACGGAAGAAUGUGCAUUUAAAGCGAGACUGCAUUCUGAAAUAAGCACUGCCAUGGUAUUGGUGGAGUGAGACACUACAGUGAAGGAAGAGCCCACAAUAAACUAUAUUCGUUGAACACACUGCUUCAAAGUCAGCGACCUAAUAAGUGUUGAAGUUCAUCAUGGACGGAAUAGACACGCUGCAGAGCUCGGCCUCAGAGACCAAGGCUGAGCGGAUUGCUCGUUACAAGGCAGAAAGAAGAAGGGCACUGGCUGAGCAAUAUGGCAACACUGAGGACUUCAUGUCCAAGUAUGUCCGAAGGGACAGGAGAAUUGGCGAGACAUCGGAAACGACCUCUUCAGACGUCAAAGAGAAAGAAAAGCAUGAUGAAAAUGGAUCAGAGCCAACGUAUACGAGGAGGGGCGUCAGAAAUAGAGUGGCUGAUACUGUGGAGAGAGUUGGUGCUGAACCGGUCCAGGAAAAGGAGACCAAGACUUCCCUCAAAACAGAGACCGUUUCAUCUGUAAAGAUCCCUGCUCAUUACAGGCUGCUGGAAACUGGUGGCACAGACGAGCCUGACGCAGAUGAGAAGUCUGUGGAGCUUACCAGGAGAAGUCUAACUUCCAGGAUGUCUCGUAUGAAGGAUCUCGAAGAAACGGAGGACGGAAAAGGCAGUCGGCACUGUGGUGACAAACUACAGCAUCAGAUAAUCGAGAGUGACAAAGAGGAGUCUCCCGCCAGCCUCUCCAAUGCUGAUAAAGAAAAGAAAAUGGAACAAAUCACAGAGAAAUCUUCCAGAGAGGAGGAGCAAGUAUACAUCACUACAGAAGAAAAGCAGUUUUCCAGUUUCCACCUGGACAGACCUCUUCUCAGCAAGAACAGAGAUGAUUCACCUCCUCUCAGCCCUCUCUCCCACUCAACAUCUUCACUACAGCGCCAAGAUUCUGGACCUCAAGGUAUCAAGGGAAUCCUUAAGAAAAGCCGCUCCACCAGCGUGGAGUCGGACCACAGUGAGGGCGUGAUGCCUGCGCACGUGCCUUCUCGGCAAACCAGCAUCACUCUAAACCACCCUGAGAGCGAGGAUAAUGAUGAACAGGUUGAGGAGAUGGAAGAGGAAGAGGUCAGCCAAGAGAGUGACAGAGAGGAUGAGUCGUUAACAUAUGAUGCUGUAGAUGGUGGCCACUUCAGUGUGAACCGAGGACAGAAGGACAGCAUCAGCAGAGAUGGCUUUGAGGAGACGAGGAGCCUGUCACCUGACGAGACUCUGGAAAACACUUCACCAGUGUCUGAGGAUGUGGACGAGCUGGAGAGCAGUUUGGAUCAAAGUCUCAGCUCGUCCUUUAAACAGAGAAUGGCUUCAUUAACUAGUGGUAAAGAAGAGAAGAAAGACAGACUGAAGAAAUCUACCCCAACUGAGUUGACUCAGACAUCACUAAACGAUCGCGUUGACAAACUGAAUGAUGCUGAAAAUGCCUGGAAGAAAAAGAAGUCCAAAGUCAAUAUGGAGACCACCAUGUCGCUGAAUGAUAGGCUAAAGAUCCUCGAAGAGAAGACGGAGCAGUCAAAGAGCAAAGGCAAAGGAGCAGCCAACGACUCGGACCAGUUCACCGUGGCUGGACGAAUGGCCAAGAAAGGUCUCGUCUCAAGUUUAGGGAAGGAAGAGUCAGCAAUCGCCUCACCAAAGAAAUCUAAAACCACUCCUGUGAAACCACCUGAAGAAAUCUCUAGCAGAAGUUGCAUCAACGUGGAAGGAGACAAACGCCUCGACAAGCUGCAGUGCUUCCUUGACAAGCUCAGCAGUAAAGAUGGGAGCAAAACCAAAACAUCCACCAUCGAGGUGACGAAAGAGACAGAAAAAGAGGUGAUGAAGCCGGACGACGAGGAGACGUUCAGCAGCUUCUACAGAUCCGUCUCUUCCUCUAAACUGGAGACCAGCGUGGUUCUGACAGAAGAGGACCUCAGUGAGCUGGAGGCCGGCACACCAAAGCUCACCUCGGCUGUGGCGGAGCACAAGCGAGCCGUGCGACCAGCCAGGAGGAAUCAAGGCUCCAGGAACCCCCUGAAGGCUCUCGCUGCUCGUAACGACAUCCGGCAGGUUUACACCGAACAGAGGCUCAACGUGGCCUCGGUGGAGACCAAAAGGAUCCAGGUGGAGAGAAUGGCGAAACAUUCCAACAUGUCCGAAGUGGCCUUGGCGGGGCUCGCCAGCAAGGAGAACUUCAGAAAGGUCAGCCUGCGUAGUGUGAAGUCCACCGAAGUUGUGACCAACAACAGCGCGGUUCCUUUCCAUAAACUCAUGUUGAUCCGAAUCAAAGGUCGGAGGCAUGUCCAGGUGCGUUUGGUGGAGCCAACGGCUCGCUCCCUGAACAGCGGCGACUGCUUCCUCCUUAUUACACCAAAGAACUGCUUUAUGUGGAGCGGAGAGUUCGCCAACGUCAUAGAAAAGUCUAAGGCAUCGGAGAUGGCGUCUUACGUUCAGACCAAGAGGGACCUCGGCUGUAAGGCUCCUCAGGUGACUACACUGGAGGAGGGCAUCAACACCGACAGCCGAUGGGCCAAAGAGUUCUGGAGUCUGCUCGGAGGAAAGGCCGAAUACAGAGGAGCGGGGAGUCCAGAGGAAGAUGAGCAGUUUGAGAGUGGUGUUGUGGACUCUAACGGGGUCUACAGACUGGAGGGAGACAAGCUGGUCCCUCAUGAAGAUGCCUGGGCCUCCAUCCCCAGUGUGACGCUGCUCAAUUCUAAAGAGGUUUUAGUGUUCGACUUUGGUAGUGAAGUGUACGUAUGGCACGGGAAAGAUGUGCCCUUGGGUGACAGAAAAGUAGCUGUCAAACUGGGCAAGCAGCUUUAUGGAGGCAGCUACGACUACAGCAAAUGCAGACUCAACCCUUUAGACGCCUCCUGCACAAACUCCGAUGUGCCACUACAGGGGGAGGGACGUCCCAGCUGGACUCUGUUUGGCCGUCUCUCGGAGCACAACGAGACGUCCCUGUUCAGGGAGAAGUUCCUGGACUGGGCCGAGAGGAAGAAAGAGGAAACGGCUCAAGCAGAAGACAUCAAGAGCCCAGAUUCCUCCACUGUACGCUCCCCGUUUGACCUGGACCUGCAGCCAUGUGACGCCAGAUCUCUGUUGGACAACGAGCCUGUGCCAGUAAAGAUGGUUCUGGAGGGGGUUGACGUCCAGAGAGGUUAUGGCCUGGUGAGGACAGAGGAUGGGAGACAAGCCGAGCUGGCUACAGUAGCGGUGGAAGCCUGGCACAUCAAAGAGCACGGAGAGGAGGAAGUGCCUGAGGAGAGCAUCGGCCAGCUGCAUGAAUGUGACGCCUACAUCAUCCGCUGGAAGUACUCCAUCACCACGCUUGUUGGGAAGCGUCAGAAACCCGGAGAGCUGAGCAGCGGCGCACCGGGGCGGGAGAGGACAGCUUGUUUUUUCUGGCAGGGACGCCACUCGAGCGCCAGCGAGAAAGGAACCUCUGCUCUCAUGACCGUGGAGCUGGGCAGCCACCGGGGGGCGCAGGUGUUGGUGAGUCAAGGAAAAGAGCCGCCGUGUUUCCUGCAGCUCUUUCAAGGACGAUUAGUCAUCCAUAAGGGCAGCAGGGACAACGGCUCCACCGUCACAGGUAGUUGGAGGCUGUUUUGCUCUCGUGGUGAAGCGGAAGUGGAGGCCUCUCUUGUAGAGGUGGAGUGUCAGCAUGCCAGUCUGCGUUCUCGGGCCAGUCUGGUUCUGCUCAACGCUCAGAAAGGUCGCCUCUACUUGUGGCAUGGAUGUAAAACUCAUGCAGGCUCCAAGCUGGUGGCCCGAAGUGCCGUGGAUAAACUAACACAGAGGUGUCCCUCUGAGAUGGGACUGGACAGCACCAGCAGGCUGAAGGUAGAGGAGGUGGAGGAAGGAUCUGAGCCUGCAGAGUUUGAGCAGGCUUUAGGCCCACUGGACAAGAAGUCUUAUGAUUGUAUGCUAGAAGAUCCGGGGAAGUACAAUUACACACCCCGGCUCUUCCGGCUGAGUGCCAGCUCUGGAGCAUUUGAAGGGGAGGAGCUGCUGUAUCCUGCCCGAGUGACAGAGGGAGUGAUGGCUAUGCCUUUCCUGCAGGAGAACCUCUACUCUGCACAGCAGCCAGCCUUGUUCCUGCUGGACAACCGCAUGGAGGUGUAUCUGUGGCAGGGCUGGCAGCCUGAUGACACACAGUGCACCGGUUCUGCAAAGAUGCGCUGGGACAGUGAGAGGAAGUGUGCCAUGGAGACCGUGCUGCAGUACUGCAAAGAGAAGAAUCUGCGGCGCCCCCCUCUGGCCUACCUGGUCGUAGCGGGCUUUGAGCCCCUGACAUUCACAAACAUCUUCCCACACUGGGAGAAGGACACCAGUGUCACAUCAAAUGCUGGAAGCUCAAGGAACAGAGCAGUUCUGGUGAAAGAUGUGUUGUCCAAGCUCAGCAAGCAGCAGUACUCCAUCGAAGAGCUGACCAGGAAGCCCUUACCGGAAGGAGUGGACCCUCAGCGUCUGGAGGACUACCUGUCUGACGACGACUUCAAGACACUUUUUGAUGUGAGUCGCGUGGAGUUCAACGCCAUGGCGAACUGGAAACAGCAGAACCUGAAGAAGAGCAAGGGCUUGUUUUAAAAAAAGGAAAAUUAAACACACAUCUUGUUUUCAUUCUUUCUCUGCAGCUUUUCUAUUUCACGUUUUAAUAUUUUUUGUGGAAAAUCAAGAAAUUCAAAUGUACACUUUUGUUCAAAUGUUUAUAUCUGUGCCAUUUUUUGUUACUCCCUAAACUAUUUUAGCCAACCAUUAUGUGCAAUUGUUAGUCUUUUGCUCUAUAAAUAUGUAAUAUACUGUUAAUGUGUGUUUUGUUUACUCCAAAUCUAUUGUUUUGUUGUUUUAAAGCAAAAGGGAGUCACCAGUCUGUUUUAAUUUAACUGGAAGUGUCAGAUUUAAGUGAGAGAAGAAAUAUUCACACAAGUUUUCAGAGAGCUGAAAAAGAGUUGAAGUCAGACUAAAUUUUGCAUUCAGUUUUUAUUGGUAUUGGUUGCAAGUCUGUAAGACGGUCCAAAAUCUUUUUAGCUUCACAAAUUAUGCAUAAUUAUUCAUAUCUAAAGGUUUGGUACUGAUUACUUCUGGUCAUGUGGGACCAAAUUUUACUUGUUUAUCUCGUACCUGGGUUUUUAGGAGUUGUACGUGGGUGUGUGUAAAUGCAGAACAUUAGAAGUAUUAUGUGUGCGUGUGCGCGCAUGUGUGUGUGUGAGAGAGAGAGAGAGAGACAGUGAGAGGCAAAGUGCUGCAUAAACUGCCUUUAUUAUUAAACCCCAGUACCUUUUUAUGGAUAUGUCACUUUUAAAACUGCCUGUAUUAUGAAAGUCUUUGCAAUCAUUUAUUCAUUUGUGGCAUUAUGCAUCUUUUUGGUGACAAUAAGAUCUGUAUUUUAUGUAGAGACACAUACAGAAAUGACACGAUGCUUAGUAUUCUCUUAAAAAUUAAACAUGCAUUUAAAAUGUC